GAAGAAACUUUUCCUGGGAACCUGCUGACUAUACAAAGGACAAAGGCAUUUCUGUGCCAGGCCUUGUUCUCUUAUCUGACCAGAGUAAGCCUUCUAAAUUAACCCCAGGAAUGGCUUCAACAGAGGAACAGUACGAUCUUAAGAUUGUGAAAGUGGAGGAAGACCCUACCUGGGAUCAAGAAGCCCACCUUCAAGUGAACAACUUUUCUGGCCAAGAAGCCUCCCGACAACUUUUUAGGCAGUUUUGUUACCAAGAGACUCCUGGUCCCCGAGAAGCUCUGAGCCGGCUCCGAGAACUUUGUCGUCAGUGGCUAAGGCCAGAAAUCCACACCAAAGAGCAAAUCUUGGAGCUGCUGGUGCUGGAGCAGUUCCUGACUAUCCUGCCUCAGGAGCUCCAGGCCUGGGUGCGGGAGCACCAUCCAGAGAGUGGGGAGGAGGCUGUGGCUAUAGUCGAAGAUCUGGAACAAGAGCUUAGUGAGCCAGGGAACCAGGCUCUAGACCAUGAACAUGGACAUUCUGAAGUGCUCUCGGAGGAGGUGGAACAUCUGAAGGUCAAGCAGGAACCAACAGACAUCCAGCUUCAGCCUAUGGUGACACAGCUCAAAUAUGAAUCUUUUCGCCUCCACCAAUUUCGAGAACAAGAUGGUGAAAGUAUACCUGAGAACCAGGAGUUGGCAUCAAAGCAAGAAAUCUUAAAAGAAAUGGAACAUUUGCAGGAUAGCAGACUCCAAAGAGACAUAUCUUUGGAUUCUAAGUACAGAGAAACUUAUAAACAAGACAGCAGGGCAGAAAAGCAGCAGGGACAUUCCACUGCAGAGAGACGCCACAGGUGCAAUGAAUGUGGGAAAAGCUUCACUAAGAGUUCAGUACUCAUUGAGCACCAGAGAAUCCACACUGGGGAGAAGCCAUAUGAAUGUGAAGAAUGUGGGAAGGCCUUCAGCCGGAGGUCAAGCCUGAAUGAACAUCGGCGGAGCCACACUGGAGAGAAACCCUAUCAGUGUAAGGAGUGUGGGAAAGCCUUCAGUGCCAGCAAUGGCCUCACUAGACACAGAAGAAUCCACACAGGGGAAAAACCAUAUGAAUGCAAAGUGUGUGGAAAGGCUUUCCUUCUCAGCUCAUGCCUUGUUCAGCAUCAGAGGAUACACACUGGAGAGAAGCGCUAUCAGUGUCGUGAGUGUGGCAAAGCCUUCAUUCAGAAUGCAGGGCUUUUCCAGCAUCUCCGAGUCCACACUGGUGAGAAACCCUAUCAGUGCAGUCAGUGCAGUAAACUCUUUAGUAAGCGGACCCUUCUUAAGAAACAUCAGAAAAUCCACACUGGAGAGAGAACAUGAGUGUGAUGAGUUUGGAAAAGCCUUCAGUCAUCAUUGCAACCUUAUUAGGCAUUUUAGAAUCUGUACUGUUCCAGCAGAACUAGACUAAUUCUGUGGACCCUCAGACCCCUAAAUGGGGCCAUCUUGGAAAUCAAAACCUAAAUCAGAAUAUUUCAAAAGAGAGGAAAUAAAAGUUGAGCUUAAAACUGUUCUGCCCUAAA